AGAAAGAAUAAAAAGUAUAAAUAGGGCGAGGUUUCCAAAGAUUUUUCAGUGCAUUACGCGCAUCAAACGAUAUCAAUCACUUUCCAAUUUCAAAAUGUUCCGUUUAGCAGUUUUGUGCAUGUGCUUACUCUCGGUGGCUUCUGCAACCCCAGUAAACAAAUGUGAUGGUAAGCCAUUUCCCAGCCAAGUUCGCAUAAAAGAUUGUAACCAGCCACCGUGUGCGGUAGUGAAAGGAACGACGGCCAACUUUCAGGUAGACUUCGAGGCAGCCUUCCCAAUAAAAAUUAUGACAACAAAGGUUCGAGCUACUGUCCUGGGACUCACCGUCAACUAUCCACUUGACGACGAGCAGGCGAAUACAUGCGCCCAUUUGCUGUAUGGGAGCUAUUGUCCGCUAGAUAGAGGCGAGGAUAUUACAUACAAUUUUGACUUUCCGGUCGGAAACUCAUAUCCGGAAAUUGGAGUCAAUGUUGAAGUUAGCUUGGAAGAUGAAUCAAAAAAGGUGGUGACAUGCUUUAAUGUUGAUAUAAAAGUUAAAAGCCAUUGAGGGAAAUGUUUUACAUAUAUUAACCCCCUUUAAUUCGAGGAGAUGGCAAUCUAUCUUUUUCUUAUAACUAAACUAUAAUUUACCAUUUUGUGAAGCUAAAUCCACAUCCACAUGUAUACCCUACUCAAUAAAGCACUCUAUAGCAUAA